GCAGUGAAGUCAUAAAGCCCUUGGGAGGGGGAGGGGAUGGUAGAAGGGAGGGGAAAGUAGUAGGAGGAAUAGGGGCGAGGGAAGGUAGUUGGUGCUGAUGCAGGAUGGCAGCGCCCGUAGGAGCCUUUGAGAUCUGAGGGGAACAGAGAGUCUGGGUCCCUUUUGGAGACGUCCCCUCCCUCACUUGCAGUAGCCUCCCCAGGCCUGCAGUACCAGAGGGGGAGGGAGAGGGGACUGGGGGAGAAAAGGCAGAUUUGUAGCCUGGCCCGGGGGUAGGUGCAGGAGGGAUCGAAUGCUUUGGAUUUGCCCUGUUUCCAUUCCUCGGGAGCUGCCAAGCCUGAAGAGUUCGCAAUGACCUGCUAAAAAGUACGCGCGCUGGACCCCGUCGGGCCGCACUGGGACGUGGCUCGGCUGCUGGCCGGGUAUUUCCCACCCCUCGCUCCAGUGGCCCUCCUGUCCCCCUUACCCCACCCACCCCAUCCCCCCCUGCCAGCCCUUGCCCUCGCCCACAGCCGGCCGAGAUGGCGGACCCCUCUGAAUGCAGCAUCAAAGUGAUGUGCCGGUUCCGGCCUCUGAAUGAAGCGGAGAUCCUCCGAGGGGACAAAUUCAUCCCCAAAUUUAAAGGAGAUGAGACUGUGGUCAUAGGGCAAGGCAAGCCCUAUGUCUUUGACAGAGUACUACCACCCAACACAAGCCAAGAACAGGUUUACAAUGCUUGUGCUAAGCAAAUCGUGAAAGAUGUACUGGAAGGUUACAAUGGGACUAUUUUUGCAUAUGGACAGACCUCUUCAGGAAAAACCCAUACCAUGGAGGGGAAGUUGCAUGACCAUCAACUUAUGGGAAUCAUCCCAAGAAUUGCACAUGACAUCUUUGAUCACAUUUACUCUAUGGAUGAAAACCUGGAGUUUCAUAUCAAGGUUUCCUAUUUUGAGAUCUACUUGGACAAAAUAAGAGACUUACUUGAUGUAUCCAAGACAAACCUGGCUGUACAUGAAGAUAAAAACAGAGUUCCAUAUGUAAAGGGGUGCACAGAACGAUUUGUCUCAAGCCCUGAAGAAGUUAUGGAUGUCAUUGAUGAAGGAAAAGCAAAUCGCCAUGUGGCUGUGACAAACAUGAAUGAGCACAGCUCUAGGAGUCACAGCAUCUUUCUGAUCAAUAUUAAACAAGAGAAUGUAGAGACUGAAAAAAAACUCAGUGGAAAGCUUUAUCUGGUUGACUUGGCUGGGAGCGAAAAGGUCAGCAAAACUGGAGCAGAGGGAGCCGUUCUUGAUGAAGCUAAAAAUAUCAAUAAGUCUUUGUCUGCUCUGGGCAAUGUGAUCUCUGCCUUGGCAGAGGGAACAAAAACUCACGUACCAUACCGAGAUAGUAAGAUGACCCGGAUCCUUCAGGACUCUCUUGGAGGGAAUUGCAGAACCACCAUUGUUAUUUGCUGUUCUCCUUCUAUUUUCAAUGAAGCUGAAACCAAGUCCACACUGAUGUUUGGACAAAGAGCCAAGACCAUCAAGAAUACAGUCUCUGUGAACCUAGAACUAACUGCUGAAGAAUGGAAGAAGAAGUAUGAGAAAGAAAAAGACAAAAACAAGAGCUUGAAGAAUGUUAUCCAGCAUCUGGAAUUGGAACUAAACAGAUGGAGAAAUGGAGAAGCUGUGCCCGAGGAUGAACAGAUCAGUGCUAAAGACCAGAAGAAUCUGGAACCCUGUGACAAUACACCCAUCAUAGAUAACAUGACCCCUGUUGUCUCUAGCAUCUCCACAGAGGAGAAACAGAAGUAUGAUGAGGAGAUAACCUGCUUGUACAGACAACUGGAUGAUAAGGAUGAUGAAAUUAACCAGCAGAGCCAGCUGGCUGAAAAAUUAAAGCAGCAGAUGUUGGAUCAGGAUGAGCUUUUAGCUUCCACAAGAAGAGACUAUGAGAAGAUCCAGGAGGAGCUGACACGUCUCCAGAUUGAGAAUGAGGCUGCCAAGGAUGAGGUGAAAGAGGUUCUUCAGGCCCUGGAGGAGCUAGCUGUCAAUUAUGACCAGAAGUCACAGGAAGUAGAGGACAAGACCCGAGCCAAUGAACAGCUGACUGAUGAGCUGGCCCAGAAAACGACUACCUUGACUGCGACACAAAGAGAGCUGAAUCAGUUACAGGAGCUGAGUAACCACCAGAAAAAACGAGCCACGGAGAUCCUGAAUUUACUGCUGAAGGACCUGGGAGAGAUCGGUGGAAUCAUUGGCACCAAUGAUGUGAAAACGUUAGCAGAUGUGAAUGGAGUGAUUGAGGAGGAAUUUACCAUGGCCCGGCUGUACAUCAGUAAGAUGAAGUCUGAGGUGAAAUCUCUGGUGAACCGGAGUAAACAGUUGGAAAGUGCACAGAUUGAUUCCAACCGGAAGAUGAAUGCCAGCGAGCGGGAGCUUGCAGCCUGCCAGCUGCUAAUCUCACAGCAUGAAGCAAAAAUCAAGUCUCUGACAGAUUACAUGCAAAACAUGGAGCAAAAGAGGAGACAGUUGGAAGAAUCCCAGGACUCACUCAGUGAAGAGCUGGCUAAGCUUCGUGCCCAAGAAAAAAUGCACGAAGUCAGCUUCCAGGAUAAAGAAAAGGAACACUUGACCCGGCUUCAGGAUGCAGAGGAAAUGAAGAAAGCAUUGGAGCAACAGAUGGAGAGCCAUAGGGAAGCCCACCAGAAGCAGCUUUCCAGGCUCCGAGAUGAGAUUGAAGAGAAGCAGAAAAUCAUUGAUGAGAUUCGGGAUUUGAACCAGAAGCUACAGCUGGAACAGGAGAAACUGAGUUGUGAUUAUGACAAACUGAAAAUAGAGGACCAGGAGAGAGAGAUGAAAUUGGAAAAGCUAAUAUUGCUCAACGAUAAAAGGGAACAGGCAAGAGAAGACCUUAAAGGAUUAGAGGAAACUGUGUCCAGAGAACUGCAGACUCUUCAUAACCUUCGUAAGCUCUUCGUCCAGGAUCUCACCACCAGAGUUAAAAAAAGUGUUGAACUGGACAGUGAUGAUGGAGGGGGAAGUGCUGCCCAGAAGCAGAAAAUUUCCUUUCUUGAGAACAACUUGGAACAACUUACUAAGGUUCAUAAACAGCUGGUUCGUGAUAAUGCAGAUCUUCGUUGUGAGCUUCCUAAGUUGGAGAAAAGACUUCGUGCUACGGCGGAGCGAGUCAAGGCGCUGGAGAGCGCACUGAAGGAAGCCAAGGAGAAUGCCAUGCGUGACCGCAAGCGGUACCAACAGGAGGUAGAUCGCAUCAAAGAGGCCGUGAGAGCCAAGAACAUGGCAAGAAGGGCCCAUUCUGCUCAGAUUGCCAAGCCAAUCCGUCCAGGCCAUUACCCUGCAUCCUCUCCAACAGCUGUACAUGCCAUCCGAGGGGGAGGAGGAGGAGGCGGGUCAUCUGCCUACUACCAGAAAUAAACAAGAAAUAUGACUCCACUUAGCAUGUCAAAGACUGCAUUUAUUCACCAAUUCCUUUUUUCUCCUACAUGAUCUCCAUUUUCUUUUAUACACGCUUCCUCCAGCCAUCUGCAGUACAUCAAUUUCAGGUAUUUUGAAAUGUGUAGAAUCUCCACGUGUACAGAAGUGUGUUUGGACUACUCACCCUUCCUUCAGAAACCUGAACAAUGUAUUUACCAUCUCCACCUAGAUGACAGCAGAAGGUUCACCACUUAGCAUCUCUACCACUGACUCUUGGCACUGGCUACCUUAUUUAUGGGCUCCUCCGCUGGCACCAAGCCUUCAGCAGUACUCUCAUGCCUAUAAAUCCCACUUCUCUGUAUCUGAGGUAACAUUGCAAUAGCCAAGCGCCAGAUAAGGCAGGUGAUUGUGUUCCAUCAUGACUGUCUGGUUUCCUGUAUAAUAAACAUAUUACUUUAUAUUUUUAGGGGAUGAAAAAUGUGCUGCUAUAUGGUUUAAAAUUUUAAUUCUGAACACUUUUCGGAAAUGAAUUUCCCCAAAGAGGCAUUUUUAAUAUCCUGGUGAAAUCUUUGGAUCUGUAUAAUAAACCCUUUAGUAUGGUACUUGUUAAAAGAUGAAUCCAAUUUAUUCAAAAUCCAGAAAAAAAGCCAUCUGUUCGUAGAGAUCUAGAUUUUGGUCACACAAACACAUCUAUGUGAAUGGAGGGUCAUAGCAUUCAUGUCAGAUCUUCUUGCAACUGUACCUGAAAUGAUUGGCCCCCUAAUGAGAUGGCCAGCCUGGUUCACCUGUCAGUCCAUCAAAAGUAUUUAAAAUACUACAAAAUCUGACCAAUCGAAAUGGAGAAUUUUGUUCCCCAGCCCAUAGCCCUUUCCCCACAAUCUGUUCUCCUGGAAAGUGUGAUUAAAAGAUGUCUGCUUUCUUUAAGGAAGAUUUUGCAAAGAUGUUCUUGAACAAAUUCAGGAACAUCCCAGCAGUUGGAAAAGAAAGACUAAAAUUCAAAAAUUAUUCGUAUCUGACUGUAAAUGUGUAGCUCUGUAUAGAAUUCUGUUGUUCUAAAUCAUUUAGUCCAGGAUUCUUUUUGUUAGUAUUCUCUUUUGGCACUAGAUAGAUAGGACACCCCCAUCUUAAUAGGUGACAGUGUAAGAAAUUGGUAUAUAUGAGGUUUAGAGAAGGCAAAGUUAAUAAGUCCUUGAUACUGCUUUGGCUUCAUACACAUAAAUCCUUAAUUCCAGAUGUGUAGAUCAAGAUGUGACUUGUCAUUAACCUGUUCUGCUCUUACCUCCCCCACUGUACACACACACACACACACACACACACACACACACACACACGCGCGCGCGCGCACUCACUCACACUCUUGCUUGUUGCAGUUUUCUAUGACAAAUUUGCUACUUCAACCAACAAUUAGUUGCUGAGUUUUGUAUGUGAUCCAUUUUGGGACAUGCCUGUACCAGCUGAUAGUGGUUCCAGAUGGACCUGGAACAAGGUAUUGUGCCUACACCAUCAGGCACAAGCUUCACAGAUCGAUCUUGUUAUCUCUGGCUACGGCCACCAGUAGGAUGAAGUCGAUGCCAACAAUGAUGUUGUGUGUAGGCAGAUGGUUAGGAACAACCAGAUGUGCGUUUCAGCACAUGCCUACCUGUAAGCAUAUGCGUGUAACCAUCUAAAGAGCAAGCUGAAAGAUUGUCGAUUGGUUUCAAACCUUGUAUUUAAAAGAAAUAACUAUUUAGCCUAGAUCUUCCCUAGCUUUUUUCCUUAAAGAUUGCCUAGUAGUAACUUUCAUAGCAAAACACCCUUGAUUUGUUUAUUGGUUAAAUGUUGUGCUUUUUUUUGAUGGGGACAAGAGGAGUGAAAGGAAAGAGUGAAUGAGUGAGAGAUAGAUCAUUCUAUUAUUUAUUUAAUAAAGUUCAUCACUUUGCAUUCAUUCAUUCCCCCCUCCUCCGUUUCCUGUAUGUGUUCCUGAAGAUAUGAACUGCCAGAAAAAAGAAACUCAGACUGACAUUUACAGUCUGCUAAAGGGGCCAGCCUAGGGUUAACUCUACGGCCUUAUCACUUAGUUACAUGUGGCUGAAAUGUUUAUUAGCAACAAGGUACCAGGUUGCCUCUGAUUUUUCCCCCUAAAAUAUCAAUCCUAGAGAAGAAUGCCAAUUAAUGAAUUGCCAUAAUAUUAUUGUACAUGAUGUAUGUUGUAUUAUUUUUAUGCACUAAUUUUGUGUAAAUGGGCAGAGGUCAGUAAUUUGGGGUCUUGGUUGUUUAUUUGUAUACAUUAGGAAUUGAUUUUUAAAUUUUUUUUAUUUGAAAAAAAAAUUUCAGGCCUAGGGAAGUGAUGAAUCUACUUCCAUUAAAAACAAGUGUUUCUUUCAUUAAUGCAAAUGGAUGCAAUUGUUGCUUGAUAUUAAAAGGGGACACACAAAGCUAUUUAAUUCACAAGGAAAGUUGGUUUUGACAUUUCAUAAAGAUAAUGCUGCUAGCUGCUGAUCAGCCAGUCAGUUCAACUAGCUUACAUUUUUAUGGGACCUCCAAACUAACUUUAACAUUGUGAUGGUAAAGUAACUCUGUGUUUCUGAAAUGCUUAAAAUGGUCAAUUAAAUUACGUAUUUAAACCUAGGCCUUGUAUAUUAAGUUUAAAUUUAUGAUAACUCACUUGUCUUAGUAGCAAAUGCUCUGCAAAUUUUUGUUUCCUUCUUAUUGAAGGAAGCUUAGUUUUCAGUUUCAAAAUUUGCUUGGAUUUUUUGUAUUUUGCUGCUUUAAAUUUGUACACAAAUGUAAACUACACCUCUGCUCUUUGGAUCUUACAGUUGUAUUUUGAGGUUUUAUACAGUUUUAUGCUAAUGUGCUCCUCCUCUUCUUUCCUGUGAAUAAUUUUCUAAUUCAUGUCAUUUCUUGACAUGGUGUUGUAAGGGGAUAGCCAGGCAGUUUAAAUAAAUACAAUCUACUUUCAAAUGAAAAACCUAACAUACAGGAUAACUGUUUGCUAAAUUAGAAGAGUGUACUUUUAGACUUCAAGAUUUGUGGUUGGGGGAAAAUCUUGUUAAUGCCAAAUGUUACUGAAGGAUUCUGUACAAAUGUAUUCCUUUAAAUUACUAUUUAUUAUUUUAGUUUUGUUGAAUGAAGGAAUGCUUAGUAGCCUGAGAAAGAAGGACUAUCAAAAGCUUCUAAAGGUAAAUAUGUACUAAAUUGUGUGUGUGUGUGUGUGUGUGUGUGUGUGUGUGUGUGUGUGAGGGGGAUCCACUAGAAUUUAUGGAAAUUUGGAAAUCUGGGGGGACAAGUGAGGAGAUGAAAUCUACCUGGAAUAGACUCAUGGCCAUUGGGCUUUCCUCUGCUUCAAAAAUCUAAAGAUCAUUGAAUGUAGUCCCUAUUCAAGAAAAGGAUAAAUAAGGGUAAUAUGGAGAUGAGGAUGUAACUCUUUUUUCCUAGUAGGAAAAUGAAAAUAAAUGAAAACUCAGAUUGCCAUCUUUGGAUUCCAUUUGUGUGAAGAGAAUAGAUAUUCAAAAGUCUAGGUUCAUAGUAUUUUUGGAAACCACUUCAUAGAUGGGGAGAAAAAGGAUUACCUUUUAUAAUCUUAAUCUGAGUAUUUCAAUUAUCCUACAAGAGUCUUCUUAAUCUCUAAUUAUUUCAUGUAGUAAAUUUGGAUUUUAAAAAUGUAUUGGAAGGGGGCCAGCUAACCAUAGAAGGAAGCCACACUCCAUAAAGUUUCUUACUCAUGAAAAAAAAUUGUGUAUCAAUUUUAAAUACUUUUCAAUGUGGGCAGAUAUAAGGGGAAUGUGGCAUUCUGUAGAAUUAUACAUGUUUAGUUUGUAAAGUGUGUAAUGUGUACUGCAGAUGUGUAUUCUCUGGACUCUAUGUAUCUGUACAAUAGCUUUCAUUUUAGGAAAAAAUUGUGGAAAGACUUUUUUUUGGUGGUACAAGGGGGAAAAUGAUCAUCUGCAUCAAGUAAUGAUGCUCUAAUGUAUUAAACCUAACAGAAGAUCAGAAAAUAACCCUUCCCUGCCUCAUGGAUGAGUUUUGUUUAUCUUUUAGGUCCUAAGAUGCUAUUCAAGAUGUAUGGAUACACUGGCAGACUGCAUGAUGUAUAAUUUGAAAAAUGUUAAAAGUGGAAAAUAAAAUUGAAUUAAACUU